AGUAAGAGCUCAGAACCGAAGGACCCGACCCAAUCCUGAACAAGGACCCGAAGAAAACGAGAGAGAGAGAGUCCGCUUCAAGUUGGAGGAGGAGGUAACAACUAGUAGCUGAACCACUUUAUGUGCUCACACAGUCGCCGGCGAAAAGUCUCAUCUCACCGCCACUCGAUUCCGUGCCCUGAAGUCCUCCGACAUUUCUCUCUCUUCUCCGAGAAGAUUUCGACUGGCGAUGGGAGACGAGAAGCCGACGGUGGUGAUGGCCAAUCGAGAAAGAGAUCUGGAGCUUCUGAUGCCCGUCGCUGAUAAAGAGGAAGGUUCUACUUCGAAGCCGUCUUCCUCUUCCUCUUCGCAUCAUCAGGCUAGCCACGAGACUUUAAGCUUGUUCAUAAGGGGUUGGGCCUCAAAGAAGUUCAUGACUGGCUGUGUUAUCCUCCUUCCCAUUGCGAUUACAUUCUAUAUAACAUGGUGGUUUAUUCACUUUGUUGAUGGUUUCUUCUCUCCCAUUUAUGCUCAACUUGGAAUCAACAUUUUUGGUUUCGGUUUCUUGACUUCAAUCGCAUUCAUCUUCUUGGUCGGGGUGUUCAUGUCCUCAUGGUUGGGGGCUUCGGUUCUGAACCUGGGGGAGUGGUUUAUCAAGCGGAUGCCAUUUGUUCGUCACAUCUACAACGCUUCCAAGCAAAUCAGCACUGCCAUUUCUCCUGAUCAAAAUACACAAGCUUUCAAGGAAGUUGCAAUCAUCAGGCAUCCACGUGUAGGCGAAUACGCGUUCGGGUUUAUUACAUCAACUGUUGUUCUUCAGAAUUACCCAACAGAGGAGGAACUUUGUUGUGUAUAUGUUCCAACGAACCACCUUUACAUCGGAGAUAUCCUACUUGUCAACAGUAACGACGUUAUCAGGCCAAAUCUCUCGGUCCGGGAAGGCAUAGAGAUUGUUGUUUCGGGUGGAAUGUCAAUGCCGCAAAUUCUAUCGACAAUGGAUAAACCGGCAGCCUCCAUUGACAGAGCUACAAGCGUUUAGAGAAACUCAUGCAGAAGGAUACAGUUUCUAGUUUUUGUUGGGAUUUGUGGUUUUGAAUGUUUGAUGAUGAGUGUGCGUCUUUUCAGUUUCUUCAUUGUUGUAACUUUCCUCUCAUUUGUGAUUUGUGUGUUUACAAAAAGGUGUAUAAUGUAAGCUUAGGUCUAUGUCCCUCCUUAGAUAUGAAUAUGAAUCUUUAUUUCAAUUGAAAACGCAUUGAGAGUUAUAUA